GCGGCAGGGACAGAAGCAGAGGCAGCGGUGGCGGCCCGGCGGGGGGGCGCCGAGUAGCCGGCGCGACACGCGCGGACUCGGACCCUAUGAGGUGAUUAGUGCGGCGCAGGCGCCUCCUGCCCCGCCGGCGGGGCCCGGGUUUCCCGCAGCGGGAUGUUCUCCCGAAGGAGCCACGGAGACGUGAAGAAGUCCACCCAGAAGGUGCUGGACCCCAAGAAGGACGUGCUGACGCGCCUGAAGCACCUGCGGGCGCUGCUGGAUAAUGUGGAUGCAAGUGAUCUUAAACAGUUUUUUGAGACCAACUAUUCUCAGAUAUAUUUCAUCUUCUAUGAAAAUUUUAUAACACUGGAAAAUAGUUUGAAAUUAAAAGGGAAUAAUAAGUCACAAAGGGAGGAGCUGGACUCCAUACUCUUUCUUUUUGAAAAAAUACUGCAAUUUCUACCUGAACGAAUUUUCUUUCGAUGGCAUUACCAGAGUAUAGGCUCAACUUUAAAGAAGCUUCUACACACUGGAAAUUCUGUUAAGAUAAGAUGUGAAGGAAUCAGGCUGUUUCUUCUGUGGCUUCAAGCACUUCAGACAAACUGUGCAGAAGAGCAGGUGCUGAUUUUUGCUUGCCUCGUGCCUGGUUUCCCAGCGAUCAUGUCGUCCAGAGGGCCCUGUACACUGGAGACACUCAUCAAUCCUAGCCCUGGUGUGGCUGAUGCAAAGAUCUAUCCAGAAGAAAUCACCCCACUCCUGCCAGCCAUAUCAGGGGAAAAGAUCGCUGAGGACCAAACAUGCUUUUUUCUUCAAAUAUUGUUGAAAUAUAUGGUUAUUCAGGCUGCAAGCUUGGAGUGGAAGAAUAAGGAGAAUCAAGAUACUGGUUUUAAAUUUCUUUUUACAUUGUUUCGAAAGUAUUAUCUUCCUCAUUUAUUUCCAUCAUUUACUAAGUUAACAAACAUCUACAAACCUGUACUUGACAUCCCUCAUUUGAGACCAAAGCCAGUGUACAUUACUACAACUCGAGACAAUGAAAACAUUUACAGUACAAAAAUUCCAUACAUGGCAGCUCGUGUUGUUUUUAUUAAAUGGAUUGUAACUUUCUUUUUGGAAAAGAAGUAUCUAACUACUACCCAAAACACUAAAAAUGGAGUUGAUGUACUGCCCAAAAUCAUACAGACUGUUGGUGGUGGUGUGGGGCAAGAGAGGGUGCCGGAGCUGGAUGGCAGCUGUCCCACAGAGCAAGACAAAAACCAUUCCAACAGCAGCACCUUGUCAGACCGAAGACUCAGCAACUCCAGCCUUUGUAGCAUUGAAGAAGAGCACCGAACUGUGUAUGAAAUGGUGCAGCGGAUUCUCUUGUCAACGCGAGGUUAUGUCAACUUUGUGAACGAAGUCUUUCGUCAGGCAUUUUUAUUGCCUUCGUGUGACAUCGCUGUAACAAGGAAGGUAGUUCAAGUGUACAGGAAGUGGAUCCUCCAGGACAAACCUGUGUUCAUGGAAGAACCAGAUAAAAAAGAAGCUGCCCAAGAAGAUGCCGAAAAAUUAGGAUUCUCAGAGACUGACAGCAAAGAGACCUCAUCUGAAGGUUCUCGUCAUAAGCGGUCUUCCAGUUGGGGACGAACAUACUCCUUCACGAGUGCAGUGAGCAGAGGAUGUGUGACAGAAGAAGAAAAUAAGAACGUGAAAGCUGGGGCCCAAGCUAUGCUGCAGGUAUUUUUGACAAAUGCAGCAAACGUCUUUUUGCUGGAACCAUGUCCUGAAGUUCCCAUGCUCUUGAAAGAACAAGUUGAUGCCUGUAAAGCUGUUUUGAUUAUUUUUAGGCGCAUGAUAAUGGAGCUUACAAUGAAUAAAAAGACAUGGGAACAGAUGUUGCAAAUACUACUCAGGAUAACAGAAGCUGUCAUGCAGAAGCCAAAGGAUAAACAAAUAAAGGACUUGUUUGCCCAGAGCUUGGCAGGGUUGCUGUUUAGGACGCUCAUGGUGGCGUGGAUCCGAGCAAAUCUCUGUGUGUACAUUUCUCGAGAGCUCUGGGAUGACUUUCUUGGUGUGCUGUCCUCCCUCACGGAAUGGGAAGAACUGAUAAAUGAGUGGGCCAACAUCAUGGAUUCCUUGACAGCAGUGCUUGCAAGAACUGUUUACGGAGUUGAGAUGACAAACCUACCUCUGGACAAACUAAGUGAACAAAAGGAAAAGAAGCAGCGAGGCAAAGGCUGUGUUCUAGAUUCUCAGAAAGGAACCACUGUGGGGAGAUCCUUUUCUCUCAGCUGGCGGAGCCACCCAGAUGUGACCGAGCCAAUGCGAUCCAGGAGUGCCACCACAUCUGGGGCACCAGGAGUUGAGAAAGCAAGAAAUAUCGUUCGUCAGAAAGCAACCGAGGUGGAAGAAUGUCAGCAGUCAGAAAAUGCACCUGCAGCUGAAUCGGGCUGUCUGGCAGUGGAGCAGCAGCACCUCACGCGGAGUAGCAGCACACCUGACGUCACUGAGCCGCUGUGCUCAGAUUCUCCUCAGGGUCAAAAGGUAGAAAACGUACAGACUUUCAGUUCCUCAGAGUCCAAGGCUAUUCAAGAAAAUAAAGGACAUGUGAAGAAAGAACAUGAAGGAAUAACAAUCUUAGUUCGAAGAAGCAGCAGCCCUGCUGAAUUGGAUUUAAAAGAUGAUUUGCAGCAGACGCAAGGAAAAUGUAAGGAAAGACAGAAGAGUGAAAGUAUCAGUAGUGACACAGCUCUGGGCUAUAACAAUGAGGCAGAGCUGUCCAUGAGUCCAUGGCCAACCUGUGAGGAAGACCCAGAACUGAAUACUCCCACAGAUGCUGUGACUGACUCCGAUGCCCGCCAUUGGUUACAGCUGAGUCCCACUGAUGCUUCGAACUUAACAGAUAGCAGUGAGUGCCUUGCCGAUGACUGUAGUAUAAUUGCUGGAGGGAACCUCACUGGUUGGCACCCAGACUCUGCUGCUGUAUUAUGGCGAAGAAUCUUGGGAAUCCUCGGGGACGUGAACAAUAUCCAGUCACCCAAGAUUCACGCCAAAGUGUUUGGGUAUCUCUAUGAGCUCUGGUACAAACUAGCAAAGAUACGGGAUAAUCUGGCAAUAAGCCUAGAUAACCAGUCUUCUCCUUCUCCACCGGUCCUGAUCCCACCACUCAGAAUGUUUGCAUCAUGGCUAUUUAAGGCGACGACAUUGCCAAAUGAAUACAAGGAAGGGAAACUGCAAGCCUACAGACUGAUCUGUGCCAUGAUGACCAGACGCCAGGAUGUUCUGCCAAACUCGGACUUUCUGGUGCAUUUUUACCUUGUGAUGCACCUGGGAUUAACCAGCGAGGAUCAGGAUAUCUUAAACACCAUUAUAAGGCACUGUCCACCCCGCUUCUUCUCCCUGGGUUUGCCUGGCUUCUCAAUGUUGGUGGGGGACUUCAUCACAGCCGCUGCCAGGGUCCUUAGUACAGACACGCCGGCGACACCUCAUUCAGAAGCUCUCACCAUUCUUGGUUCUCUAGUCUGCUUUCCAAAUACCUACCGGGAGAUCCCUUUACUGCAGUCUGUGCCGGAAGUCAGGGAAGUCAUCACAGGAACUGAAGAUGUCAAGCAUUACCUCAUAAAUAUUUUACUGAAGAAUGCCACAGAGGAACCAAAUGAAUGUGCAAGGUGCAUUGCCAUUUGCUCCCUCGGGGUCUGGAUAUAUGAAGAACUGGCACAGUGUACAAACCAUCCGCAGCUGAAAGAGGCCGUCAAUGUGAUAGGUGUCACUUUGAAGUUUUCUAACAAAAUCGUGGCUCAGGUGGCCUGUGAUGUUCUUCAGUUGCUGGUUUCCUACUGGGAAAAGCUUCAGAUGUUUGAAACCUCUCUGCCUCGGAAAAUUGCAGAAAUCCUUGUGGCCACAAUUGCUUUUCUUUUACCAAGUGCAGAGUACUCUUUAGUGGAAACAGAUAAAAAGUUUAUUGUGUCCUUGCUACUCUGCCUCUUGGACUGGUGCAUGGCAUUGCCAGUGAGCACCCUCCUCCACCCAGUGUCCACAGCGGCCCUGGAAGAGCAACACUCGUCGAGAGCCCCUUUGCUGGAUUAUAUCUAUAGGGUUCUGCACUGCUGUGUUUGUGGCUCAAGCACAUACACCCAGCAGAGUCACUACACACUGACCCUGGCUGACCUGUCCUCCCCGGAUUACGACCCUUUCCUGCCACUGGCAAGUGUGAAGAAUUCGGAGCCAGUCCAGUAUCAUUCUUCAGCAGAUUUGGGAAACCUGCUCACAGUUGAAGAGGAGCGGAAAAGGAGGAGUUUGGAGCUGAUCCCCCUGACUGCCCGCAUGGUGAUGGCCCACUUGGUGAACCACCUGGGACACUUCCCGCUGUGUGGGGGCCCCGCCGUGCUGCACAGCCUGGUCAGUGAGAACCAUGACAACGCACACGCCGAGGCCCCCGAGCUGUCUUCCGAGGUGUUCCGGAGCCCAAACCUUCAGCUCUUUGUGCUGAAUGACAGCACCCUCAUCUCCUACCUUCAGACACCCUCAGAAGGGCCAGCAGGCGGCUCACGGGGCGGGGCCUUGUCGGACGUCAGAGUAAUCGUGCGGGAUAUCUCAGGGAAGUACUCUUGGGACGGGAAGGUUUUGUAUGGACCAUUGGAAGGCUGCUUAGCACCCAGCAGCAGAAAUCCUGCAUUUCUGAUUUCGGGCUGGCAACCUCAAGCUUUGGGAGCUCAGAAGGAUUUUUCUCAAGUUGAGGAGGGAGAUGAUGUCCUUGACAAAUUACUUGAAAACAUUGGCCACACAAGUCCCGAAUGCCUUUUACCAUCACAGCUAAAUCUAAAUGAGCCCUCCCCACCCCCACGGGGAAUGAACCGUGACCAGGAGAAGGAAAUCAUCGAGGUCAUUUUGCGCCAGAAUGCCCAAGAAGACAACUACAUCCAGAGGUGUAACUCUGACUCAGCCAUGAAGAUCACCAGCCAGGAGCAGCCCUCACCAGUAGAGCCACGAGGACCCUUUUAUUUCUGCAGGUUGUUGCUUGAUGACUUGGGGAUGAAUUCUUGGGACAGAAGAAAAAAUUUCCAUCUGUUGAAGAAAAAUUCCAAACUAUUGAGAGAGCUAAAAAAUCUGGACUCCCGUCAGUGCCGUGAAACGCACAAAAUUGCAGUGUUUUACAUUGCUGAAGGUCAAGAAGACAAGUGUUCAAUCCUCUCUAAUGAAAGAGGAAGCCAAGCAUAUGAAGACUUUGUUGCCGGACUUGGAUGGGAGGUGGAUCUCUCAACCCACUGUGGGUUCAUGGGCGGACUUCAACGCAAUGGCAGCACAGGGCAGACUGCCCCUUACUAUGCUACCUCGACUGUGGAAGUGAUUUUCCACGUUUCAACUCGGAUGCCAUCAGACUCAGAUGAUUCACUCACCAAAAAGCUCCGUCACUUGGGGAAUGACGAGGUCCACAUUGUCUGGUCUGAACACUCCAGGGACUACCGCAGGGGAAUUAUCCCGACUGCCUUCGGAGACGUUUCAAUCAUUAUUUACCCAGUGAAGAAUCACAUGUUCUUUAUCGCGAUCACGAAGAAACCCGAGGUUCCGUUUUUUGGGCCUCUGUUUGAUGGAGCCAUAGUGAGUGGAAAGCUGCUGCCAAGUCUUAUAUGUGCCACAUGCAUCAAUGCCAGCAGGGCCGUGAAGUGCCUCAUCCCACUCUACCAGAGCUUCUACGAAGAACGAGCUCUGUACCUCGAAGCAAUAAUUCAGAACCACCGAGAAGUCAUGACGUUUGAGGAUUUUGCCGCCCAAGUCUUUUCUCCCUCACCCAGCCCCUCCCUCGGCGGAACGGAUUAAAAUAUGUCAGGAUCUCAUUGCGAUGUUUGAGCAAGGGCCCUGGCCGCCAGCCUGAGUGCCUACUCAUGGCGCCUCUUGGCAAGGAGGAGAUCAAUGAGACGCCCCCUUCCCCCACCCCGAACCCCCAAACACAGAGACUCCGGGAAACAUGACUGCUCUGCCGGUGUCCUCGACACAUCUUCCCAUUAACAGGCUUCCGAAAUUAAAGGGGAACCCCACCAGAAUGUCGCGGGCUGGACUUUCUCACCGGGCCGUAUCGUCUUGCCCUAGAACCUCACGAAACUUGAGCUUCCAAAGAAGAGGGGAAGGUCGCCAACAACCAGAGACAGACCUGCUCUCGUGGGCAUUGAUGCCACUGCUCCCGGCUGGGAUGACAGGAGAAGAUUCUGGGCUUUGGGAAGGAGUGGACAGCAACUGGUUUCUAUACCCCGAGUUGUUUAUAAACCCAAGCAAGAUUCACAGAAGGGCUGGCAAAACAGCUGUUAAACUGAGGAAUUUUCUCUGCAUUGAUUUCACUAAGUCUUAAUGUUAGGAUUUAUGGUUUACUCAAAAAUUUCAUCAUCAUGGAAAUUGGCUUUCCCCAGGGUCUUUUGCCCAGGAGAAGUUUUAUCUGAGUUGCUGAGUGUUUUCCACCUGGUGCCUGAUGCCCACUAACUGGGAAGAGGUUUUUCCAACCAUCCUGGAGGAAACAGGGUCCUAUCCCUAUGAAAGCACCUAUAGGUCAGGAAGCUUCCAGGGCCCAGCUCAGCACAGCCCCCACGUCAACACACAGGAGCACACCAACACAGAAGCUAGACUGAGACAGUCCCCCCCCCCCCGUGAUGUCCCUCUGCCUCCAGAAGCUUUGCCCUGCAGUUGUGCUCUCCUGUCCACUGCUGGGGGAGGGCCAUGGCACAAAUGGGGGCUUUCUACCCCUUUGAUUCCAAGAAAGGCAUGUUGAAUCUGUUUAAAAAGAAGAAAAAGAAAUGAAAAGCCCGAACUUCCAGCUGUGCUUAGCCAGCAUCCUUGCUGGGGGUCUGAGGGUGUCAGUGACAGAAACUUCAGUUAGGAAGAGCUCUCUGGCCCUCUGCCUCUCACCUAGGCCUGCAGCCCAUCUCCAGAAGGGAUGGGUGAGCAGCACAUAGAACACAGGCACUAGGAACCCAAGAAAGAUCGGUCCCUGAAAGGGUGCUUCUCUGCCUCUCUGCUCUGUGCCCACUUAUGUGUCCCCCCUGGCACCUUUGGUCCCCUUCCUGGUGAGUCCGCUGAGCCCUCUCAGCCCAUCAGAGUGGCCGUUUUCACUGACCAGUCACUUCUUUCCAUCUGCCGUUGCAUUGUUUUGGCUGGUACCUGACCCUUGCUGGAGAAACAAGCAGACCCAGGAGCCAGGCUUGCUUACGGGACAAUUGAGGAAGGGUUGAGAAAUUCCUAGGGAAGGAUAGACCUUCUAAGGCUAGAGAGAACUUGUUUUUCAGCUUUAGAGAGGACUGCAGGUAGGGCGUGAGCCCCAGGCUCACAGACAGAGUGUCUUGGGGGUUACCCGAACCCGAAAGAAAGAGAAGUAAGCCUUAGUCACUUUGGGCUGUUUGGUAAAUGGGCCCAGUUGGUUGGCUCACUGGGGGCUUCGUGGCAUGAAGCCAUGAAUGUCACAGCAUUUUCUGUUGUGUCAGCAAAUGCCACGAUUCUUAUCUUCUCCGCCCCUGCCCCAGCCGCCCACCCCCAUCUUUUUAAUAAUUUGGACUUUCGGGUCUGCACAGUUUGUCCGCUGUCGCUCAGACUCCAGACUCGUGUUGAGUUGCUCCACUGGAUAUUUACAAAGUGCCCAGACCUCAUUCCUGUAGGGGAGCACAUCACCCGUACCUGGGCUCCAGAGUCCCAGGCAGGCUCUGACAGCCAGUAGCUUCUGGGAGGACAUUUCAUUUCCAGGCUCUAGAAAUCCCCUGUGGCAGAAGUCCCACUGAAACUCCCUAUUUCAUGAUUCCAUUUUAUCUCCCAGAACCAGUCCUCCUAACCUGCAAAUGGGAAAUUAAGUUGUAGGCAGCAAAUACCUAGACCUUUCCUGUCAUUCCUACUGAUUUUAACAUCCCUAAGACCUGCGAUUUGGGAUUGGAGCUGCUUCUGAGCCCACUGCUGUCAGCAUUGGUGUGGAAUAGGGAAACAGGAAACCUAGCAGCCAGGUUUGCUUACAAUCACAUGAACCUGAAUCAUUUUUGUUAUUUGGGGUGGAAAAUUGAGAUGAUCAAGUUCUUUUUUUUUUUUCUUCACUUAGAAAAGCAAAUAUUGUGCUUUUUGCAAUAAAUGCCUUUCCAGCAAAAUUAUGGAGGGUCACUCAUCCAGCGGGGACCCACCUGAGUCCCAGUGCUGACUUGUCACAUUAGUAGGUCAGCCAUCUGUGAGCAAAAGUGGCCCUAAUCAGCCCCAAAUGGGUAAGAUUUGCUGGAUCUUGGGCAGGGCCAAGCCUGUCCCCCCCACUUCUCUUCACACUGAUCUCUGCACACACUGAUUUCCGUCCAAAGCAAAGCUGAUGUCCCAUAGCCUUACUAAGAAGGUUUUUGUACUUUAAAAAAACAAAACGGUGACUUCUUAAAAAUAGUAAAAUCUGAAGUAGUAGACAGUAGUAAGGAAAUUUCGCUUGGGUAAGUGACUGUCGUGGUGUCUUCAUGCAGUGACAGCUGCAGUUUGUUAAAAGCCAAGGGAGAAGGGGAGGCAAGUCUUGUCUUCACAAGAGGGGCUGACGGACGGGACCCCCAGCCUUCUGAACAAGAGAUCACGCGGAUCCGCAGACCAUGCAAAUCACGUCUUCCUGACCUUCCUCCCAGUGUGGCAGCCUGCGCUUCCCUUCCAGGUCCAUCUGUAUCGUCUGGAAGCUGGAGCUCAACUUACUGUGACGUCUCACAUGGGACUGCAUCGUGUCUGUAUCUAUUGGAGGGAAAUUCGACAUGAAACAACCACUGUUCUAGCUGCACUCAGUACCUGUGUAUGAUAUACACAUUAAGUGAAUGUUUUUCUUAUGAGUUCAGGUCGACAACAUUUAGUUUAUGUAAAUAAGAAAGAGAAACCGAUAAAUACGGGGAAUUAAGUUAUAGGAUGUCAUUUGCUCUUUAUUUUGCUCUCUCUUAUUUAAUUUGCCUCAUGCCCCACAUCUGGGUUUAGGCCUCGGUGGGCUGGACCCCCUUCAUACAGUCCGCCCUUGCAGGCGUGUGCCUACCCGGAAAAGCACACAGCUCCGCUGAUGACUGCCGCUCGACUCUCCAGUCUACCCACCUCUCUUUCAUUCUGAUUUACUGUGAUGAUUUAAUAAAGUAGAAACACAGCACUUAGGUGCAUGUUUCUUUCAUUUUCAUUAUAGUUUCUAGGAAAAUAAAGUUUAUCCUGGCAUCUCACAAAA